CGUGGCUAAUGCUACUUUCACUUUGACAACGUUAUCUCGCGUUCGUCUGUUCAAUUAAACAGAUUGCUAAUGACGAAUUAUAAGCAGAAGCUUUUAAUUACUGGUGGUUUACUUGUAACGUAGAAUGCAAUGCAGUCAAACUGCAUACGAUUUGUAUCUCAUUGUGUUCGUAAGGCAGCCUCGCGUUUGAUCCCGAACAGAAUAAACACAUGUUCUCGGAAAAUGGCUAGUACAGACGUGUCCGUGGUGAUGCCUGUGUACAAUGGUGACCAGUGGUUGGCAGAAUCCCUACAGUCUGUGUGUGACCAGGAGUUUCAGGGCAGUCUGGAGAUGUCUGUCUACAAUGAUGCCAGCACAGAUAAGUCCAUGGAACUCAUAAAGGAAUGGGCUGUCAUCCUCAGGACCAAAGAUAUCAAAGUCACAAUCACAGAAAACACUUCACAAUCUCCAAGGGGAGUAGGUUUUGCCAAGAAUCAAGCAGUACAAGCAAGCUCUGGCCGAUUCCUUUGCUUCCUGGAUGCUGAUGAUGUAAUGCAUAAGGACCGAGUGGCCCGUCAGUUCCAGGCAGCACUCAGUCACCCCAAAAGUAUAGUGGGAUCCAAGUUUCAUCGUUUACCUGAGGGUUCCACACAGCGUUACACUAAGUGGGCCAACACAAUAUCUCAGAAUCAACUGUACACUCAGAUGUAUACCUCCCAUGGACCCACAGUUCUGAUGCCUACUUGGUUCUGCUCCAGAGAUGUGUACAAUAAAGUCGGGGGCUUUGACGAGGGAGGACAGGGAGUGCCUGAAGACCUGAUAUUUUUCUACCGUCACCUUGAGUUUGGUGGUGGACUUUUUCGUGUUGAUGAGGAUCUUGUUAUGUACAGAUACCAUCCACAGGCCACAACCUUCUCUAUCCACACAGACACAAUCUGGGAGCACCGCAUUGCGGCAAUCCAGGACCAGGUCCUCAGUAAAUGGUCCUCAUUUACCAUCUGGAAUGCUGGCAAGCAAGGCCGCAAAUUGUACCGCAGCUUAUCCAGGGAAAACCAGAAAAAGGUGGCAAUGUUCUGUGAUGUUGAUGAGAAGAAGUUGAAAAGAGGAGUUUAUAUCUUUGAGGAAUCAAAGGAGAAACCAAAGCCAACUGUUCCCAUUGUGCACUUUAGCAAGGCUACAAAGCCCAUUCUCAUCUGCGUAAAAUUGGACAUGACUGAAGGUAAGCUGGAGGAAAAUAUCAAAACUCUCAACCUGAUAGAAGGGGUAGACUUCUUCCACUUCAACUGAGAUUUCUGAACAGUGGAGAAAUCUUUUAACUGUUUCCAACAGUGGAGAAAUCUUUUAACUGAUGAUAACUUCAAACAGGGGAGAAAUUAAGAACAUCACAAGUUGACACAACAUGGGUUAUAGAGCCUAGAGAUUUAAUGAUGAAGAACAUCACAAUAAAUGGGUCAUGGAACCGACAGACUGGCCCGCUUACAUCACAAUAAAUAGCUCAUGGAACUGUGACAGACUGGCCCCUUACAUCACAAUAAAUGGGUCAUGGAACUGUGACAGACUGGCCCCUUACAUCACAAUAAAUGGGUCAUGGAACUGUGUCAGACUGGCUCGCUUACAUCACAAUGAAUGGUUUAUGGAACUGUGACAGACCGGCCUGCUUACAUCACAAUAAAUGGUUCAUGGAACUGCGACAGACUGGCCCGCUUACAUCACAAUAAAUGGUUCAUAGAACUGUGACAGACCGGCCCGCUUACAUCACAAUAAAUGAUUCAUGGAACUGCGACAGACUGGCCCCUUACAUCACAAUAAAUGGCUCAUGGAACUGUGACAGACUGGCCCCUUACAUCACAAUAAAUGGUUCAUGGAACUGUGACAGACUGGCCCGCUUACAUCGCAAUAAAUGGCUCAUGGAACUGUGACAGACUGGCCUGCUUACAUCACAAUAAAUGGUUCAUGGAACUGUGACAGACCGGCCCGCUUACAUCAUAAUACAUGGCUCAUGGAACUGUGACAAACCGGCCCGCUUACAUCACAAUAAAUGGCUCAUGGAACUGUGACAGACCGGCCCGCUUACAUCACAAUAAAUUGCUCAUGGAACUGUGACAGACUGGCCCCUUACAUCACAAUAAAUGGCUCAUGGAACUGACAGACCGGCCCGCUUACAUCACAAUAAAUGGCUCGUGGAACUGUGACAAACUGGCCCGCUUACAUCACAAUAAAUUGCUCGUGGAACUGUGACAGACUGCCCCGCUUACAUCACAAUAAAUGGCUCGUGGAACUGUGACAGACUGGCCCGCUUACAUCACAAUAAAUGGCUCGUGGAACUGUGACAGACUGCCCCGCUUACAUCACAAUAAAUGGCUCAUGGAACUGUGACAGACUGGCCCGCUUACAUCACAAUAAAUUGCUCAUUGAACUGUGACAGACUGCCCUGCUUACAUCACAAUAAAUUGCUCAUUGAACUGUGACAGACCGGCCCCGCUUACAUCACAAUAAAUUGCUCAUGGAACUGUGACAGACUGCCCCGCUUACAUCACAAUAAAUGGCUCGUGGAACUGUGACAGACUGGCCCGCUUACAUCACAAUAAAUUGCUCGUGGAACUGUGACAGACUGCCCCGCUUACAUCACAAUAAAUGGCUCAUGGAACUGUGACAGACUGGCCCGCUUACAUCACAAUAAAUUGCUCAUUGAACUGUGACAGACUGCCCUGCUUACAUCACAAUAAAUUGCUCAUGGAACUGUGACAGACUGCCCCGCUUACAUCACAAUAAAUUGCUCAUGGAACUGUGACAGACUGGCCCCCUUACAUCACAAUAAAUGGGUCAUUGAACUGUGACAGACUGGCCCCUUACAUCACAAUAAAUGGCUCAUUGAACUGUGACAGACCGGCCCGCUUACAUCACAAUAAAUGAGUCAUUGAACUGUGACAGACCGGCCCGCUUACAUCACAAUAAAUGGCUCAUUGAACUGUGACAGACUGGCCCCUUACAUCACAAUAAAUGGCUCAUGGAACUGACAGACCGGCCUGCUUACAUCACAAUAAAUGGCUCGUGGAACUGUGACAAACUGGCCCGCUUACAUCACAAUAAAUUGCUCAUGGAACUGACAGACCGGCCCGCUUACAUCACAAUAAAUGGCUCAUGGAACUGUGACAGACUGGCCCCCUUACAUUACAAUAAAUGGUUCAUGGAACCAACAGGCUGGCCUGUAUAGAUCACAAUUAGUGGCUCAUGAAAAUGUAAGAUUGGACCAUGUACAUCACAAUGCACGGAUAAUUGAAUUGACUUCUAUAUCAGCCACCGUCUUCUGUCAAACCUUCACCAUCUGAUAGAGUGAAACAAAGGGAAGUAACUGAUAGAUCAAUAGUAUAUUAUGUACAUCACGAUAAGCGUUGUGGUAUGAAAGUCUCUCGAGUAGAAAGUAUAUUUUGUCUACCCAGAAUAAUUAAGUGGUGUAUAUUUCGUCUACCCAGAAUAAGGGGUGUGUUUCACGAACGUUUUAAUAAACAGUCUAAUUGUGAAAUAAUGUGACUCUGGAUCUGUUACUUGAUACACAAUGGUCUCACUGCAUCAACAGUGGCACAAUAGCCAAAUAGUGUCAACUCGUAUGUGUGGAAGGUUUGUGUGCUUUGGUAGUUCCUUCACGAUCAGUACCAGUAUCAAAUUAAAUGAUUUCAUAGAAAUUGAAGGUUAGUUUAAAUAUACUUAAAACUAUGUCACUUUCAAAUUUUAUGUCAUUUCUAUGAAAAUCCAUUUAAUUAUUUAUUAGGUCACACCGAUGUGAAGUUAUGUGAGAGAAAUAAAUUCCCAAGAGUAGAUGAUGCUGAACAGAAUGAUCACAAUGGUGUGAUUACUAAUGGGAUCAUUUAGGCUGGAAACUUGGGUAUAGCACUCGUGCUUGCUCAUAACCAGUGAGCUAAAAUCAACAUGCCUAAUUAGAUAGAGAAAUAAAAAUCCCAAACACCUG